AUGGACUGCUGCUGCCGGGCGCGUCGCCCGGAUCUAGGGCCUGCUUUCCUUGGGCGCCUCCUCAGGACGGGCCUGAAGACAAACCAGAUCGUCGCCAACACCCUCCUCAAGUGCCUCUGCUACGCCAAACGGACGGAUGAGGCUGUCAAUGUAUUGCUUCACAAGAUGUCCGAGCUCGGCUGCGUGCCUGAUGCCAUCUCAUACAACACAGUUCUUAAGAGCUUAUGUGAAGAUAGCAGAAGCCAGGAAGCACUCGACCUGCUCUGGAUGGUGGCAAAAGAAGGAGGUGUCGGCUCUCUCGAUGUGGUAUCCCAUAGCACUGUCAUCCAUGGCUUCUUUAAGGAAGGCGAAACAGGCAAGGCAUGCAAUCUAUUCCAUGAAAUGACACAUCAAGGGAUUGUGCCCAAUGUGAUGACAUAUAACUUGAUUAUUGCUGCGUUGUGCAAGGCCAGAGCAAUGGACAAGGCAGAGCUGAUCCUUCGGCAGAUGGUUGAUAACGGUGUUCGACCCAAUACAGUUACUUGCAGCUCGCUCAUGUCUUCCCUUUGCAAGCAUGGAAGAAGCAAAGAAGCUGCAGAAAUUUUUGACUCCAUGACUGCCAAGGGCCUCAAACCUGAUAUCGUCGCAUACUCUAUUCUGCUUCAUGGAUAUGCCACUGAAGGAUGCCUUGCUGAUAUGAUUGAUCUCUUCAAUUCAAUGAAAAACAAUGGUAUUGAAGCCACUUGUCAAGUUUUCAACAUAUUAAUUGGUGCAUAUGCUAAAUGUGGAAUGAUGGAUGAGGCUAUGCUCAUAUUUACUGAAAUGCGGCGACAAGGAGUGAGUCCGGAUGUAUUCACCUAUACAACUGUAAUAGUCUCACUUUUUCGAACGAGUAGACUGGCCGAUGCUAUUGACAAAUUCGAUGAGAUGAUUGCCAUUGGAGUACAGCCAAACAGACCUGUUUAGCGGUCCCUAAUUCAGGUUUGUUGUAUAAAUGGUGAUGCGGUUAAAGCUAAGGAGCUGGUUUCUGAAAUGAUGAACAAAGGGAAAUGCCAUGUAAGGGAAUAAAACCUGACACUGUUGCAUAUUGCAUCAUACUAGAUGGGUUGUUUCAUGCCGGGAGAAUUGUCGUUGCAAGGAAAAUGUUCCAUGAGAUGAUCGAAAGUGGAACAACAGUGGGCAUUCCCAUAUACAAUAUAACACUUAAAGGCCUUUCUAGAAAUAACUGUGCACACGAAGCGAUAGCCAUGUUCCAGAAAUUAGGUGCAAUGAAUGUGAAGUUUGAUAUUGUCACACUCAAUACCAUGAUUAAUGCAUUGUACAAGGUUGGAAAAAAAGAAGAAGCUAAGGAUUUGUUUGCUGCAAUAUCAGCCAGCGGGUUGGUGCCUAAUGCUUCCACUUACAGCAUAAUGAUAAUAAAUUAUCUGAAGGAAGGAUCAGUGGAAGAUGCUAACAAUAUUUUUUCAUCAAUGGAGAAGAGUGGCAUAGCUCCCAGUUCUCGUCUUAUAAAUUAUAUCAUCAGAAUAUAUUUGGAAAAAGGUGAGAUCGCCAAGGCUGGAGAUUAUUUGUCCAAGGUUGAUGGGAAGAACAUCUUACUUGAAGCUUCAACUACGUCGCUGAUGUUGUCUCUCUUUUCAAGAAACGGGAAAUAUCAGGAGAAUAUCAAAUUGCUUCCUGCAAAGUAUCAGUUUUUUUAUGGAUUUGGUUGACUAGCUGGCUAUCUCAGUACAGUCGAACUAUUUUCUUGUCAUAAGGCCUUCCUGCCAGUAUAAGAUAUCCAAAGUGCCUGCUUGUAAAAAGUAGACACCUCGUAUUUCAUUGAGUACAUUUUGUGGGGUGUCAAGAUCACAAGAUUGUGAAAUAUCUAUGAGUAUUUAAUCUUCGAUGGGUGAGGAAAGGUAGACCAAGUAGUCUAACACAAAUGGUUGCGAUCUGUUUUAUAUGUCAAAGCAAAUGGGUCCUGGAAGAAUCGACGAUUGAGGUUGCUGAUGCUAUGUUUGGGAGGAGAACUGCCAUCAGCCUCGCAUUGGUUCACCUUGCUUUACACCUCUCCACUUCAGGUAUACACAGAUGCACAACAAGGUCUACCUCGAGUAAUGAGUGCCUCCACCAUACCCUUCCGUUUUGGUCUUCCGCUUUUUCAAAUAUCAACUUAUUUUUACCUCACGGAAUCCCAAAAAUAGUAGAAAGUGAAACUCUUCUCAUGUUCUUGCUCACUAUUUGAGGAACAGUGUGCUUGAAUGGAAACUGACUUUUUAAGGAAUUGGGGUGGAUUAGGAGACAUUGUUUAAUUAAUUGCAAUUGAAACUCUGAGAUUGGAUGAAGAAGUGGAAAUAUGGACUCUUAACUAUCUGCUGGUGGUUGUUCCUUAGCUCAGUGAAAACGUCUUCACUAUGUAUGUUACUGCAACUAUAGUUACAUUACAAAACUUGUUUCAAUCACAUAGUUACCUAAGCUUCAGCCGAGUUACUCUUCAUAUGCAGCCUGUACAAGUUUGGAUUUAGCCAUUUUGUGGCAUAAUUUGAUAUCUACUUCAACCCUUCAUUCAAUAUGUCCAUGGUUAUGUUGUAACUGCAUUUAGGCAAUAGUAGUUACACAAUAUUUGCAUAGGAAUAGUUGCACUAGAAACAGGUGUCCAUUGUUGCUAACUGAUAUAAUGGUUUAUUUGGUACAGUUUUAGAAGUAGUCGUGGUCAACAAAUGCUUUUCCAGUGUAAACGUUUGUAUACAUUUACAUUUACAGAUUUAUUCUGACAUCAUUUGUGAUCAUGGCCUAGUGUAAUGAAGUUCUGGACAUGGAAAUAUCCAUCCGUAGAAACAGCCAUGAAUAGCAAUAUAGCAUCAUUUGGAUACCGAGGAAGGUUAUCCGGCAGGUUUGUAAUAUCAUCCCUGUCUUGAUAACUUUCUUCUUGCUGUUAUAAGCAUGUAGAAUUGUUUAGCCUGACCAUGCUUCUUAAUAGGAACACUUUUUGGCAUGUCCAGCUUAGGGCCUGAACUUCUGUGUUCGCUUUUUUUUAAAUGGGCAGCAUCAUUCAUUCAUUUAGCUAAUUGUUCAGUACACACAAUGGUCCUGAUAAUUUCAGGAGCCUCGUUAUACCAACAGGACCCAACAUCAUGUACUGCUGAUUUUGCCAGAACAUGUACUGCCACAUUAGAGACUCGAUUUACAUGAAUAAACUGAUAAGAAGCUUGAGGCCCUACUUUUGGUAUCAAACACAACUGCACCUAUAUGAGAUCUAUCAGCCAUAUUGCUCUUUACUUUGGUAACCACGGUCAAACAAUCAGAUGUGUUGGCCCAGUGGGAACCAGGGUACCACGGCCCGUCUGCCUGUGGCCCGGGAGGCAGACCAUGGUCAAAUCUGUUCUACAAGCUGUCUUAGCCUACACCAUGAGCCGGUCAAAUCUGUUCUACAAGCUGUCAACGGAUCAAGAGCCAGUCAAAUCUGUUCUACAAGCUGUCCCAGCCUACACCAUGAGCUGCUUCCAAUUCCCAACAAAUCUAUGUAAGAAGUUGACCUCUGUUUCAUCAAAUUUCUGGUCGGUGCAGCAAACAGAGCACGGAAGGUGCAUUGGCUUGGCUGGCAGAAGAUGUGCCACGCAAAAGGAGAUGGAGAAUUGUGUUUCAGGGAUUCUCAGGUUCUCAAUCAAGCAAUGCUAGCAGCAAAACAGGGUUGGCGCGUCCUAACUGAACCCAGUUCGCUGUGUGUCAGAGUUCUGAAGGCUAGAUAUUUCAAGGAUAAAGAUUUCUUCGAUGCAGGAUGUCCCAGGAGGGCCUCUUUCACUUGGCGCAGUAUCAUCUUUGGCAGAGAGCGACUGAAAAGAGGGAUAAUAUGUCAAAUCAGGGACAGCUCAACUAUAGGCAUCUGGCACAACAACUGGAUACCCAGAGCCAGAGUUCGGCAUCCUCUGUGAAGGAGAACUGAAACGAAUGUUGGGACAGUUGAGGAAUUCCUUGUACCAACAAAUGGGACGAGUAGCUCCAACAACUGUUCCAUGCAAGCGACGUCGAGGGCAUCGAACAAAUAGCAGCUGGAGGUGUUGGAACCGAGGAGUCCCCGGCAUGGACUUCACCAAAAAUGAUCUUCUCAAUCAGGUCCUCUUAACACCUAGGAAUGCAGCAAAAGAAAUCCGUAACGAGGGAGUUCCUUCUCCUGCAGUGCACAUAAAGGUUGGAUACCUCUUUGGGCUUCAGAUAUUCUGAAUAAAACCAAAAUGCAUGCCUGGCUCGUCUCUUUCACUUGUGAUUAUGCACUAGAGCAAUCUGCAAGGAUGCAUUACAUCGUAUACUGAUCCCUCUGUGACAUAAGGUUUCGUCCAGAUUCCGUUACUAUUUUUUUACGGGGACCAUUUCUGUUACUACUGUGGUUUGUUACAAGUUUGGGUAACACAUAAAUCACAGCGACGUGUUACUGAA